AUGUGGGAUUUGCAGCCUGUUCUUCCCAAGUAUUACCAGACAGGAGAUUUCAUCUUUGGAGGCGUUAUUUUUCAGGCCUCCUUCUAUGUCAGACCAAACAAUUUCAGCAAACACCCUUCUGGGCCACCAUUGAAAAAAAUCGUGGUGAUGGAGAACUACCAGCACAUCCUAGCAUUGGCAUUUGCUGUAAAGGAGAUUAAUGAAAAUCCCCAAAUACUACCCAAUAUUACACUGGGGUUCAAAAUUUAUGAUGGCUAUUUGAUUGCAAGGUGGACAUACUAUGCAGCAAUGCGAUUUAUUUCCCCAAACAACAACCUUGUACCCAACUACAAAUGUGAGAUCCAGGACAAUCUACUGGCAAUUAUUGAGGAAUUGAAUGCUGACCUCUCCCAACAAAUACCAAAUCUUUUGGGCAUCUACAAGAUUCCACAGCUCAUGUAUGGUUCUGCAACAGUGAAAAUGGAGGACCCCAAACUCCACUCCUUCUACCAGAUGGUUCCAAAUGGAUUGCAUCAGUACAGGGGGAUAAUCCAGUUACUUCAUCAUUUCAACUGGAGAUGGGCUGGAUUCAUAGCUGCAAAUGGGGAACAUUUGCAAUGGUUCAUGCACACAAUGCUUCCUGAGUUUUCCAAGAGAGAAAUUUGUUUUGCUGUUUUAGAAUCAUUCACCAGUUUAUGUUAUGAUGCUGAAAAGGGUAAUUUUUUGACCUGUGCUUUGGAAUUUUACAACAAGAUCAUGAACUGCAAAGCCAAUGUGAUAGUCUUCAAUGGAGAUACACGAUCAAUGGUAAUUUUGAGAUAUUUGCUAAGUACAUCUAUUAAAGAUCUAAUGGAAAAUAUAAAAGGCAAGGUCUGGAUUUUGACAGUAGGUAUGGAAUUAAAAUUUGUCACCAGAAGAAGUUGGGAAAUAGACAACUUUCAUGGUGCUUUAUCAUUUGUACUCCACUCCAAUGAACUUCAAGGAUUCCAGGAAUUUCUUCAUAGCAGAAACCCAUCCAGUGCUAAAGGAGAUGGUUUCAUCAAGGAGUUCUGGGUUCAGGCAUUUGACUGUACAUUCCAGGAUUCUGUUAUAGACAGUAUGAGUGAAAAUAUCUGCAGUGGAGAGGAGAAGCUGGAGACUCUUCCUGAGCAUGUCUUCCCAAUGAGUGUAACAGGCCACAGCUACAGCAUUUACAAUGCUGUCUAUGCUGUGACUUAUGCCUUGCAUGCCAUGGAUUCAUCCACAUUGAAAAGGAAGUCAAUAAUUAAAGGAGAGAAAAGGAAGCUUUAUAACUAUCAGGCCUGGCAGCUUCACCAUUUCCUUAAAUCUGUGUCAUUCAACAACAGUGCUGGGGAAAAGGUUUACUUUGACCAGAAUGAGGAGAUAGUUCCAAGAUUUGACAUCAUAAACUGGAUAACUUAUGCAAACCAAUCUUUCAUUAGAGCAAAAGUUGGAGGGAUGGAUCCCCAGGCUCCCCCAGAUGAAGCAUUCACCAUUAAUGAGGAUGUCAUUGUAUGGCAUAACUGGUUUAACCAGGCACAGCCGCUUUCUCUGUGUAAUGACAACUGCCAACCUGGUUAUAGGAAGAACAGGAAGGAGGGGGAGCCCUUCUGUUGUUAUGCUUGCAUCCCAUGCCCAAAAGGGUGGAUAUCUGACCAAAAAGAUAUGCCUGAAUGUUUUAAAUGUCCAGAUGAUCAUUAUGCAAACAAGGGUCAAAAUGUAUGCCUCCCCAAGGUUAUAAGCUUCUUAUCUUAUGAAGAACCUUUGGGUAUCAGUUUAGGAAUUUGUGCUCUUUCAUUUUCUUUGAUCACAGCUCUGGUGAUAAGAACAUUUAUGAAACACCAUAACACUCCCAUCGUCAAAGCCAACAACCGAGAUCUGACCUACACUCUUCUCAGCUCCCUCCUGUUCUGCUUCCUUUGUGCAUUUCUUUUCAUUGGCCAGCCUGAGAAGGUGACGUGCCUUCUCCGCCAAAGUGCCUUUGGCAUCGUCUUCACCAUGGCUGUUUCUUCUGUGUUGGCAAAAACCAUCACUGUGGUUCUGGCUUUCAUGGCCACACAGCCAGGAUCCAGAAGCAAGAAGUGGGUGGGGAAAAGUCUGGCUUACUCUGUUGUACUUUCUUGUUCUUCUCUUCAAGCUGUAAUUUGUCUUGUAUGGCUUGCAAGCUUCCCCCCAUUUCCAGAUAUGGACAUGCAUUCCAUGAGUGAAGAAAUUGUACUGCAGUGUAAUGAGUCCCCAUCCAUUAUGUUUUACUGUGUCCUGAGCUACAUGGGCUUGUUGGCCAUUGCCAGCUUCACUGUGGCUUUCUUUGCCCGGAGGUUGCCAGACAUUUUUAAUGAAGCCAAAUUCAUCACUUUCAGUAUGUUGGUAUUUUGCAGUGUUUGGUUGUCUUUUGUUCCAACAUACCUGAGCAGCAAAGGGAAAUAUAUGAUAGCUGUGGAAAUAUUCUCUAUUUUAUCCUCUGGUGCUGGAUUGCUGUUUUGCAUCUUUUCCCCAAAAUGCUACAUUAUUUUCCUGAGACCUGAAAUGAACAAUAGGGACUAUUUAAUACAUAGGAGAAGACAAUGA